AUGGCCUCCAUGGGGAUGCAGGUGCUGGGCAUUGCCCUCUCUGUCAUCGGCUGGUUGGCCUCCAUCCUCUGCUGUGCAUUGCCCAUGUGGCGGGAGACGGCAUUCAUUGGAAACAACAUCGUGGUGGCCCAGAUCAUCUGGGAAGGGCUGUGGAUGAACUGCGUGGUGCAGAGCACAGGGCAGAUGCAGUGCAAGGUCUACGACUCCAUGCUGGCCCUGCCACAGGACCUGCAAGCUGCCCGUGCCAUGGUGGUCGUGUCCAUUGUCUUGGCCAUCUUGGGCACCCUGCUCGCUGUCACUGGUGGCAAGUGUACCAACUGCGUGGAGGACGACACCGCCAAAGCCAAGGUCAUGAUUCUCUCUGGCAUUAUCUUCAUCAUCGCUGGCAUCCUUAUCCUCAUCCCCAUCUCUUGGUCAGCCAAUACCAUCAUCCAGGACUUCUACAACCCGCUGGUCACCGAAUCCCAGAAACGGGACCUGGGGUCAUCCCUCUACGUGGGCUGGGCAGCCUCUGCGCUCCUGCUGCUUGGAGGGGGGAUCCUCUGCUGUACCUGCCCACCCCAGGGCGAGAAACCCUACUCUGCCAAGUUCACAGCUGCUCGCUCGCUGCCAGCCAGCAACUAUGUCUAG